GUGCAACACCUGCAACAUUAUACGGCGCCUAGCAGCCACCGGUCACGCGUCGCUCGCACACAAUCAGUGUCACGCCAUUUCUCUCAUCAUCAUCAUCUCGCGAGACUAACUUUGCCCUCUGCCUUUUGCCUAGCAGGCGUCCUCCCCCGUGAGGCUUCACAUAUCCCAAGCCAUGGCGGCACGGAAAUUGCAGAUAGAGAUCGAUAAAUGCUUCAAGAAGGUCGCAGAAGGCGUCGCGGCCUUCGAAAGUAUCUAUGAGAAAAUUCAGACAGCCGGAAACCCGGCCCAGAAGGAAAAAUUAGAGGAUCAGCUCAAGAAGGAGAUCAAGAAGCUGCAACGAGAUCGAGAUAGGAUCAAGGCAUGGGCAGCAUCGAACGAAAUCAAGGACAAGAAGGCGCUAUUGGAACAUCGAAAAUUGAUAGAAACUCAAAUGGAGAAGUUCAAGGCGGUCGAGAAGGAAAUGAAAACAAAGGCAUAUUCGAAAGAGGGUCUGUCGUUAGCAACUAAGAUGGAUCCGAAAGAGAGGGAGAAGGCCGAGAUGUGCGCCUAUCUAUCCGAUUGCGUGGACAGCUUGGAACGACAGAUUGAACAACUCGAGUCCGAGGCCGAAACAUUGCAGGCGAAUUUGAAGAAGAGUAAAAAGGGCAACUCGAGUGCUGAUAGAGUUGCUGAGCUGGAAAGGGUGAUGGAGAGACAUAAGUGGCAUCAACAGAAAUUGGAGCUUCUAUUGCGAACACUCGAGAAUGGCGGCAUCGAUGCCGAAGAGGUCAAGAAAAAACAGGAGGACAUCACGUAUUACGUUGACCAAAACCAAGAGAUUGAUUUUAUGGAGGACGAUACGAUAUACGAUGAUCUAAACCUCCAGGAAGAGGAGGAGAUAUUUGGCAUGGGCAUUGAGGCUGACAGACUUUCUUCUCAAGACGCUCAAUCGCUAGCGGAUGACGCAGAUGCAGAUCAAAAACCUGCCGCAGGAGGAAUAGGCAAGUCGAAAGCUGCAGAGAUUGCACGAGACGAUCGGCGAAGACCCUCGACACAACACGUAAAGUCUCCAUUGCCCGCACUCGCAACGCUACAUGCACCAAUACCAGCGACGGCGAACGGGACAGCUGCAAGUGGUAUGAAGCCAGCACCGCCACCAGCAGGUGGGGCACCGCUCAAAUACGCAUCUGCAGCGGCAGCGGCAGCUGCGAGCGAUCAGAAUGAGCUUGGAAUCGCUCCAUUACCUGCGCCGCCUGCGAAAGCUCCGCCCACAGAGUCAUCACCUGCAACAUUGCCAGCAGCUGUCAAAGCACCAAGUGGCGCGUCACCAGCAGUGUCGCAAGCACAGCCCUCCGCCCAGCCGACUCAGAGAAAUGCAAGUCACGAUUCUCAACCAAUGGGGAAAUCUCCUGGACCGGGCGCAUCGCCUGCAGUGAUUGCCAAUGAGCCGGCUCAGUUUGGACCCGAGAAGGAUAACAAAAGGCAAGAGAACAAGAAGGCGACUGAAAGCAGUACGGAAGAAGGGGCGCAGCCGUCAACACCUGCGCUCACUAAUGGCGACACACACUCCGAAGUGGAGGAAGAAGAACCAAUCUACCAUCUCCCCUCGAGCCUGGCAGAUCUUCUCGACGGCUUUGACAUCACGAAGGACCCAAAAGACGCCUUCUCAGACCCAACAUCACAGCGGUUAUUUGCAGCAGGCUACUCGCAAGUACCCGAAGCUGCAGAUAUGGAACGUCCAAGGUUUUACCGGCCGCAAAACCCCUAUCCAUACACACCGCCGCAUUUCCCCCAGGAGCCGUCGCCGAUCUUUGAUGAUCCACGGCUGUACAGCAGGGUGGAUACUGACACACUAUUCUACGCAUUCUAUUACAGACAAGGAACUUACCAGCAGUACUUAAGCGCGAAGGCAUUAAAGAACCAGAGCUGGAGGUUCCAUAAGCAAUAUCAAACUUGGUUCCAACGUCAUGAAGAACCGAAGAGUAUCACUGAAGACUAUGAGCAGGGUACUUAUCGGUUCUUCGACUAUGAAAGCACGUGGAUGAACAGAAGGAAGGCCGACUUCAAGUUUCACUAUCGUUGGCUGGAAGACGAGCUAUGAGGAGAGGAGUGGACGAGUAGAUGCACGUCUACUCAGCCACUCGGCAAACAUGAUAGCACUAGCUAUUCUUCCCGGUCUGGUCGUGCAUUCGACUUCACCGGAUUUGUUGCCGUAUCGCUAAUUGACAAAGCUCAACGUCUCCUGUGGAGAUGCCCUUGUUUUUUGUUUACCUAUCUUUGUUUGCGCAAAGUGAUCUAUUAUCUGCCUUUUCACGCGCCGCUUCUUCAUCCCCUCUCCUACUGCUCGAUUACCCAGACUAAUUUUCCGGAUUGCAAGUGAAUCGCCGAUCACGGACAGGCGGCUCUGUACUUACGCCCGGUUUAUAUGGCGCGAACAAACAAGGCAACCAAGGCGGGUGGGGUCAUUUUUGUACAAGGCUGAUAACACCCAGCGCUCCUCACACUCGCCAUACAUAGAUGAUCCUUAAUUCCUUAGUCGUGCUGAUACGUGUGUAAAUCUCUCCUGCUUCACCUGUUAAGCGCCAUUACCACAGCGAUGUCAAGGGGGUAACAAAGCGCACAUUUCCUCUCCAAAGAGCCACACUUGGAGGCCACCCUUGAUCUUGUGAGACGCCACAAUUCUGUCCUUCGUACUGUGGAGUCGAUCGACGAAUCAAGGGCCCUAGGAUCAGUCACAGCCUCUUCAUCCUCCGGGCGUUGGCCAUUCAACGCAUGCCAUACCGCUCUGGUCCAGUCUGAUGACCACCCCACUUGUACCGAGCAGCUAGUUGGGCCUGGCCCCUUCAUUCUGUCACAAAUCACUCAGCCUCACACAUCUGCCAUCCGGCACGAACGUGGAUCGUCUGAGAACCUAUGGUUUCCUGAGGCUGAGUCGCCAUGCUGGUCAGUUCUGCAUUGGAAUCCCCAUAUACGAGCGAAAUUCCGCGAGAAACGCAGAACGCAGAGCCUUAAGAUGGCACGACGAAAGUAUGAACUUCAAGCAGGGUAUGGACAACCUCACCCAGUCUAAUGCAUGUCUGCGGCCUCAGAUCCUGCGUGAUGCGCACACGAAUGGGGUUUUCUUUCACACGAUUUGAGUAUGGGCGUGGAAGCACGUUCAUCAUGAGCGUUGGUUUCCAGGCCCAUAAUAGGCUGCCCUGUUGUAACCUGCCUGCAUGAAGCUCAGGUCGAAUAAAACGAUACCAUUUUCACUUUUCGUUUUCAUGGCAUAAUACAUCGUUACACCGCAACUUUGGUCUGCUCGAAGUCAACAGCGGGACUUCACAGCCACGCCAACUACCUUCCAAUGCCAGCUCACAGAAGAACGUAGGGGCAUUGUUUGACUUCGUGUUAUAAUUUAUUUACGCCGCGUCUUACAUCUUACGUCCACUUUCCCUUGUUCCAAAAGUACAGCUCACAGCUCUGCCGAGGCGGACCAGUCCAACACCGCACGAAAGUGCAAAGCACGUCUUCGCUUACUGCCAUCCUAUAUUCUAUUAGUCGCCACCAGCCGUGGCCCAGACCACCAUCACUUACUGCAACGCAUGUCACCGCUAACUGCGCUUCUAUGGAUUUCCAUCUACGGCAGCCAUUUGCUUCCGGGCAAUCUCCGUUGAGCCAUGGGGAGGAAGAGUGGGACUCGGGGGAGCAAAUAGCAACGCCGCAAGUCUACGCCGCGACGGGUGCUCCAACGACAGGCCAACAGUGGAGCCAACAGACUUCUCCUCCCUUAAGCAAUUACUCCGCUACUUAUUACCCGCCUACCACCGCAGAUGCCGGUCACUAUGCGUACAUCGCUCAUCAGACCGGCAGCUACCCCGUGCCGACGCCUCUCCAACCUCAGUUCACUCUCCAACCUCAGUUCAACCCUUACAAUCGCGGUUUGAAUCUGGGAGACUAUCACCACGCUCGUCAACCCUAUGAGCUUACUGCGACGACCAGCAAUUCUUCUCAGGGAUGGGAAUCACCGGCGGUGGACAACUCGCACAACUACCCCUACAGCUCUCAACCAGGCUCAGAAUCGGGCUCGUCUGAGGACAGGGACCCAAGCCCGCAGUCUGACAACGGGUACGUUUGUGCAAAAACAUUUGGACUAGCUAGC